AUGUUUUCGCAGCAUAUGUUGAUGAGUUUCCGCGUGUCUGAACUACAGUCACUUCUCGGUUUUGCGGGUCGUUCAAAGUCGGGAAGAAAACAUGAGCUCAUGGGUCGGGCGCUUCAAAUGUUAAAAGGCGAAGGAAAUCAUGCCGUUCGAAAGAAACUGAGGGAGUUAUACGAAAGACGAUGUGGCCCACGGAAAGUUGUUGCUCCUCUACCUCAGCUUCGAACAGUUAUUCCAGCGCCGGUACCAUCGCAACGGCCAUCGUCGAUAAAUUCAGACACGAGCGGGGUUCCCGUCCAUCCGGAUGUUCGACUCUCUCGCCUUCCUUUCUUUGAACAUAUCGACGAUUUAGUAAGACCAACAAGCUUAGGUAAGUUUUAACUCUACAAUUUGCCGUUGAAGAUAAAGAUUUUUUUCAUUUAUCUCAUUUUCGCCUCUAAGUAAUAAAUCGUUAUUUCUAGCCUAGCUUAUGAUACGACUUGAUUUUUUGAAGAUUUUCUUUGAUGCGUAAUGAUAAAUUGUUUAUUCAUCAGGGCAAAAAUACUCAUAAUAUCCACGUUAAAUCGCAUCUGUCUUGUCUUUCAAACGUAUUCCCUUUGAAUACAACUAAAAUUUCGAUGAAUUGUGGAGACGAGUUAUAUUUAUUCUCUGUUCUGAGUUAUUGUCCUUCGCUGAACUCAUGUUUUGUUUUUACGACGUUUACUUCGACAAGGAAACAGCUGAGUUUCUUUGUUUAAAUUGUAUUUUGGAACAAUUUCUUCUUCGAAAAAUCAUGUUUAAUCUACAAGUGUGCUUUGUCUAAUUUGUCUGAAGGUGCUGAAUGAUUGUAGCAAUAUAAGCUUACUAAUGCUUAAUCGAAGGUGGUGUUCUGUUAACAUGUUUUGAUGCGUUUAUAUACAUUUAUUCUCGUUUUUUAUGCUUCACUUGUGUUGCAAAGGGUUGGAGAUGUUCAAAAUUACUUGUCAACAAGUUAGUCGUAAAAAUUUAAUUUUAUCCGUUAGUGUCUCGAGAGAUGUACUCACUAAUUAUCAGAUUAGAUCAUUUCUUAUACAAUCCUCUGCCAGUAAAAUUUGUGUCAUGAAUUGACAUCAUAAACAGAGAAUGAGAAGUCAUUACAUUUGUUCAGACUUUUAUCAGUUUUGCCUUUAGAUAGUUAGGUAUCAGAAAGUUUUACUUAAAACAAUAUCAGGAUCACGCUAAUUACACAAUGGUGAAACUUUCUAUCAAAAGAAUGAGGAAAAUGAACAGGGCAUGCAUUGAUUGCAAGUUUGAUGCUGAAUACAGCACUUUUUGAUAUUUUGCUUGAAGACAGUGCGAGUCGUUACACUAGCACCUAAAUAAGCUAAGAAAUAUUUCAAGACAAGUAAAUUUUAAAUUCUUCAAGUAAAAGGAAGCUUCAUACACAAACUGUCUUCCUUACUUCAUGUUAACGUAAGGCUAUUUUCCUAUGCAACAUAAUUAAGAUUGAUCGAUAUGCUUCACCUUUCUCUAAGCUCCAAAAACCGCAAGUUUGCUAAUUGGGUUUUAAGGAUGGUUUUCAAGUCACUUGACACUUUCUUGAAUCGUUUCAACUUUCCGACUUUAAUGAUAUGCAAAGUAAAAUAACUUGAUAUUUUACUUAGGCCUUCACGCACAUAUCUUUGGUUAAGUAAAACUAAGCAGCUCUUAAGUCUUACUUAACAGCCUGGGCCCAGUUGCGCGAAGCAUGGUUAGCGUUAACCAGCGUUUAAUACCUUGACAACGUAUUGGUUUUGAUACUGCUUAACCAAUGGUUAAAGCUAACCAUGCUUUGAGCAACUCAGCCCUGGUGUACAGAAAACGAGCGUUUGACAUGGACUGAAUUUAACGAAAAAGUGCCGUAAUCUUCUAUAAAGCGAUAAAAAAGAAUCUAUAAGCAUCCAUAAUACUCCAAAAAGAAUCUCACUCGUACCUAUUUAAAAGAAAGAAAAAAAGCAUGCUGUUUCAUGGAAUGGGAAAAGUUUGACACUUCUUAAGGCGUUUGUCUUACAGCACACCGGAACCCAUGUAUCAGUACCAAAGUAAAGGGUGGACCUUGUAUAAGUAUUCCAUACAUUCUGUAAUGUCUGGGGCAAACAAAGUCAUUAUUAAAUAAUGACAAAUUUUGUCUUACUACAUUGUUCAUUUGGGUUAGAGUGUUAGGGUUUCACUGCAUACAUGGCAACUCUCCCUGACUAUCUAUAAAUCUCCUAGAUACAACACAGAUCUCCUUGUCUCUUAUAUGGGUUACCAAAGCUCCUAAAUGCAAAAGGCUUGGAAGUCUUCUAUUCUAUAGCCAUGCUCCUGACAAAGAUCAUCUGUAUCAAGUUAUAGUUUUAAAUCAAAUGCUGACAGUCCAUAUUUCACAUUACACUCCAUAAUUAUAAUGUCCCAAGCCACACCCACAUAAUUUAGAGACUGAUCAAGUCAAUUUGUGUUAGGGGUGGCUAGUUCCUGGAAGGUCACAGUCCUCAAAACUCUUGGAGUUUAAGCUCUAAUCCUCUGA